AUGGUCCUCCCUCCUCGCUUCACUACUGUUUACGAACCACCACCACCACCCCGGCUUUCGAAACAUAAUUACACUUCUUCUCUACUCCGUGGGGUCUUGUAUGAGCAGCAGCAUAAAGCCACUCUGCCGCCUCCCCUUCGUCAAGUUCGAGUUCCAAUUCAGACCUCGGAUUAUUCAAGUUAUCGUGACCCGAAACGAGAGAACCAACAGCACCACCGUGGUGCCUCUUCCUCAACUUCAGGCUCCGGUUCAGCCUCGUCUUCAACUACUACUACUACUAUCACGGCCUGCAGUAGGACAAGCAGCACACUCACCCUAGAGGACGACGAGAUCAAGAAAAUUUUCACUCCUUCCUCCUCUUCCUCCACGGCCGAGCCACCGACGAAGUGGACCAUCACAGACAUACCACCCCAAAUCAAAGCCAACGAACUCAGCCGACCCACCACCCUCUCCCAAGACCUCCUCGCAGGCAUCAACUGGAACCAAUCCGACCCAACGAAACGCAGCAUAUGGUGCACCCAACUCCGCCCCCUUGUGCACGCCCCUGCGUGGUACCGCACCUUUCACUACGGGGUACGCGCCUCAACGCCUGCAUCACUCAACCAGUACGCGAUAAACUUGGUGGAACAAGGCCACGAUACGAUGUGGGACGAAGAGAGCGUGAGCGAGCUGGCUCGUUUUUUCGUAUAUAGAGCUGCGCAGCGAGCGGGGUGUAUGGGUGAGGUUGAUUCGCUGGCUGCGUUUGCUGAGAGGGUGUAUAGGACGUUUGAGAGUAUGCCUUGGGAGGGCCUACAUACCUUUUUUGCACGGUCGCUUGGAGAGAGUUUGUUGAGGACGUUUGUGGCGUGUUGGCAUGUUGAUGCGGAUAAUAAAGGUGCCAUCACGAUUCAGAAAACCCCUACAGCUCAAUAUGGGGCGUACGUCUCCUCCGCGCUGGCCCUAUCCAAGUUCAUCGGCGAGCUAUACACCCACGGUUUCCUACGCCGCACACAAACGAUCGGAUGCGUGCAACACGUUCAAGCGAUCCACGCUAUCAUCUCCUAUGCUGGGAUUCGGCUCUGGCGAGGGUCUGAGGAGGAGGUGAAGGAGUUUAUCAAGUUCUUGUUUGGGUGUACGAUAGGUGUGAAGGAUAAUGCGAGUGUGAUGGGCAAGGCGUAUCCGCCUAAGGAGUUGGAGAGGCUGCUUUGA